CUUGAUGGAGCAUAUAGUAGAUUUGUUAAAACUAUCAACAGCUGUUUGCAUAUCGGACUUUGCACUAGGUGACAACCCUAGCAUUCUGUAUACGAACGCCGCUUUGUUUGUGUCGCCGACAGCCGACAUAUUCAAUUCUUUUUAUAGCGUGAAUCUAAAACAAAUAAAAAUUGUUUACCUAAGCGGCAGAUACAAAGGAAUAGCCUGCCUCGUUCAGAAAUAGUGAUUGCCAUCUUAGCCAAAAUGUCGGGAACAAUUCUCGAAAAUUUAAGCGGACGCAAACUGUCCAUAUUGGUCAGUAGCCUGAUGCUGUGUCAAGUGGCCUGUUUCCUUAUGGGUGGCUUGUAUGCGCCUGUACCCGCCGGUCAUCAGACCGUGGUGGGCAUCAAAUGUCGCGAUGUGCCGGGCCGUCAAAAUGACACCAAUUUUUUUCUGUACUCGCGCGGAAAUGGAGCUUGUAAAUCUCUGCAGGACAUGGAUAUCGAGCAGGAUCCGUUAAAGAUGGCCAAUCAAUUGGUGUACGUGUUCCAAAUGCCGUUGCCACGGGACAACCGUACACUGGACUACUCGCGCUGGCAGCAGAAUCUCAUUGGAGUGCUGCAGGUAGACAUUGCGUAUGACUCAUCCUCUGAACUGAGGGAGCCACCCAAGGAGCUGCAGCUAACAAUUGACACACGCCUUGCUUAUCGCAACAAAAAGGAUGCUGAUACAGACUGGAAGUUGUAUGCGCACAGCGUGGAACAGCGUUAUUUGGACUGUCACGCAGCGCACGUUGGUCUCUUGGAGACGCUAUACACGUGUGAUAUAAUACCGUUGUUCGAGCUGGGCGCACUGCAUCAUAACUUCUAUCUGCUUAACCUGCGAUUUCCCAUAGACACACCAAAGCGGAUGAAUCUGCAGUUUGGUCACAUGCAUGAUUUAACACUAACGGCCAUACAUCAGAACGGCGGCUUCACCCAGGUUUGGCUUCUGCUCAAGACCCUGCUAUUUCCCUUUGUGGUCGGCAUUAUGAUUUGGUUUUGGAGGCGAGUCCACAUACUCCAACGUUCGCCGGCGUUGCUGGAGUACAUGCUGCUGUAUUUGGGCGGUGCCCUGAGCUUUUUGAAUCUUCCAUUGGAGUACCUUACCCUGAGCAUAGAAAUGCCGUACAUGCUGCUGUUGAGCGAUGUGCGACAGGGCAUCUUUUAUGCGAUGCUGCUAUCCUUCUGGCUGGUCUUUGCGGGAGAGCACAUGCUGAUACAGGAUACGCCCAACAAGUCAACCAUACGCUCGCGCUACUGGAAGCACCUGUCCGCAGUCGUUGUAGGCUGCAUUUCGCUGUUCGUAUUUGAUAUUUGCGAGCGCGGUGUACAGCUGCGCAAUCCCUUCUAUUCCAUCUGGACAACGCCGCUCGGCGCCAAAGUGGCUAUGAGUUUUAUUGUACUUGCUGGCGUUUCGGCUGCCAUUUACUUUCUCUUCCUGUGCUUCAUGGUCUGGAAGGUGUUUAAGGACAUUGGCGACAAGCGCACAUCAUUGCCAUCCAUGUCACAAGCGCGACGUCUCCACUACGAGGGCCUUAUAUACCGCUUCAAAUUCCUUAUGCUGGCUACUCUGCUGUGCGCUGGUUUGACCGUCGCCGGCUUUAUUAUGGGCCAAAUGGCCGAGGGACACUGGAAAUGGAAUGAGGAUAUUGAAAUUCAGCUGACCUCGGCCUUUCUCACUGGAGUCUAUGGCAUGUGGAACAUCUACAUAUUCGCCCUGAUCAUCUUGUAUGCGCCCAGUCACAAGCAAUGGCCCACCAUGCGUCACAGCGACGAGACGACACAGUCCAAUGAGAAUAUUGUUGCUUCCGCCGCCAGCGAAGAAAUCGAAUUCAGCAAUCUGCCUUCCGAUUCGAAUCCCAGUGAAAUAUCGUCGCUCACCUCCUUUACGCGCAAGGUGGCCUUUGAUUAGGGGGCCAAUUUUUUAAAAAAUAAUGUGUGCCAAACUAUUUCUAAGAUUAGCUUUUGGCGGAGUGCAAACGCUCUUCACUUUAGUGUUUGGGCGUGUUUUCAUUAGUAUUACAAUUACCAGAAACAUUUCUUGCCUAGAUUUUGCAUUUAACAAACACAUACUUAUAUAUUUAUUAAUAUUACUCAUCAGCAUUCAUUAAUGUAUUUUUUUAUAGACUUUUCUCUGCAUGCUCAAAGUAGUGUCCAAGUUCAAGUUUUUAACUGAUAUUUGUAGUAAAUGCGUGUACUUAGU